AUGCUUUUCGUGGAUAUGCGCUCAUGGAUACUCGCUAUUCUGCUGCGGGUCGAGCACCAUUCGCUUCUCUCUCUCCAGCCUUUCUAUUUUCUUUCGCAACCCCCCAAAUUUUUCGACAUGUUCGCGUUGACGCGGAUCGCCGUUCUUACCCUUGCGCUCUCAGCAAGCCUUGCGCACGCUGCUCCGACGCCCUCGUCUUCUUCCCUUGACCAUCGCGCCGUUGAUCUCGACCUAAACCACGUUGUGAUUGGCACCGUCACUCCAAGUCCAAUUGUUGCUGCCAACGCGACGUCGCCCAGUGAUAAUGCAGUCGAUGGAUCUGUUGUAUCAUCUGACGGUGUUGCGAGGAGAGCCGGUCCCCUGCUCUCAUCUCCACUGCCUCCUCCGCCUGUUCCUCACCCCAGGGAUGCCGCUCCUCCGCCGCCCCAUAUCCGUAGGCAAGGGAAUCGAAACAACGGUGCCCGCCCUCCGCCUCCUCCAAAUACCAACAAUGCAAACCCGAAUGCACCUCCGCCCCCGAACGUGAACGCAGGCAAUAAUGGAGGAAAUCAAAACAACGGGGCCGUGGGUAAUAAUGCGGUCGGAAACAAUGGAGCGGUCGGUAACAACGGAGCAGUCGGAAAUAACAGAGUGGUCGGGAAUGCUGGAGUGGCCAACAACGCUGUCAACGCAAAUGGAAACGCAAAUACCGCCCCUCCGAAUAAACGCGCCGAUCGGGCAUGGUAUUCGCGCAGGUCGUACUUGAACCGAGUCGAAGUCUCCUAA